UACAGCCUCCUAUACACAAAAAGAUUUUAAUAGUCAUUAGUUGAAAAAUAUUGUAUGUCUACAUUUUUGUCUGGCACAUAAAAAUCAGCUAAUGAAGUAUGAAAAUCCCCAGCUUAACUGACACUGUAACCUAUCGUUUUGUAUACACGUGGAGCAGUUCUUAACCCAUUUGCAUCAUUGCGCGGAAUAUUCCGCGAACCGCGACAGUCGACUAUCACCAAGCGCGGAUUAUUCCACGAGCUGCGACUGUCAGCUAUCACCAAGCGCGGAAUAUAUCGCGAAGCUCGACAGUCGACUAUCACCAAGCGCGGAAUAUUCCGCUAGCUUACGUUGUCUUUUUUGUAUUUAGUCGGAAAAUAUCUUUUAGUUGGGACAGAUCACGUUUAAUCAUUUGUGAGAGCGUUUCAGUUCAUUCAGUUUAAUAUACAUCAUUCUAAAAAAGUUUUACUUUUUCUGUGAAAAUCUUUCAAACUGUCACUAUGAUUGCCCCAAUGGAUUUUGAGUAUCCUGAUUCGGAUUCAAGUAUUGACGAGGUACGACGUCCUAGAAAACGUUGCCAGAGGAUUUCGUCAAGUUCUGAUAAGGAAAAUGAACAGUGCGAUAGUUUUAUAAAUGAAGAGUACGUGUGGAAAGCCGAAAAUCAUACUCCCAUUAUACAUCCUUUUUCAAGUGCGGGUGGUGCAACCGUAAAUACACAAGGUCUGUCUAGAAGGGAGGUUUUUGAACUAUUUUUUAACAAGGAGUUGAUUACAAAAAUAAUUACCGAAACGAAUAAAUAUGGAGCAAGUGACGCAGACUUUAUACCUCUUGAAGAGAACGAAUUAAAAAUAUUUAUUGCCUUAAAUAUUUUAAUGAGCCUAAUUUCCAAGCCCACGAUUCAAAGCUAUUGGUCGGCAGAUAAAAGUAUAGAAACUCCGUAUUUUAAGAAUAUCAUGAGCCGUAACCGAUUUAUUUCUAUCUCCCAAAAUUUACACUUUUCCAGUACAGAUAAUCCUAAUGAUGCACUGACUAAAAUUCGAGAAGUUACUGAAAUUGUAAAGAAAACUUUCAUUCGCAUGUAUGUCCCAAAUAAAAACAUUUCCAUUGAUGAAUCACUAAUGGCAUCUAGAAGUCGUUUACAUUACAUACAAUUUAUUCGAACAAAACGUGCGAGAUUCGGUGUCAAGUUUUAUAAACUUUGUGAUUCACAAUCGCGAUACAUACAUAAUUUCAAUAUAUAUACAGGAAACGAUAAAACUGAUACAGGAUCUGCUACCAGAAAUGUUGUAGCCAAUUUGUUAAAAGAGAGUCAAUUAUUGCACAAGGGGUAUUGCUUAUUCCUUGAUAACUGGUACAGUUCACCAACAUUGUAUCGAGAAUUAUUUAACAUGAAAACAAAUGUAUGUGGUACAGCGAGAAUAAAUAGGAAAGGGAUGCCACCAGAAUUAAAAUCACACCUACUACAAAAGGGGGAAGCUGUUAUAUUUAGUACAAAAGAGAUAGCGGCGAUAAAGUGGAAGGACAAAAAAGAUGUCGUUAUGCUAACUACUAUGCAUGAUUUAAAUUUUGCUGAAACAGGGAAACGAAGUCGAUAUACUGGAGAAAAGAGUUUGAAACCAACCGCAGUAGCAGAUUACAAUAAAUAUAUGGGUGGAGUUGAUGUUGGUGAUCAGAUGUUCAAAUUUCGUACUAUUCGACGAUGUAAAAAAGCCUAUAAAAAAAUAUUUUUUUAUUUUAUUGGCAUGAUGUUGCUGAACAGUUAUAUAAUUUUUAAAAAUAAUAAGAAAGAUCGAGCGUUUCAUGUGUUUAAACAGUUAUUAUCAGAAGAAAUUAUUGAUAAAUUUUUACCCAACAUAAAUGUAAAUAAGGCAUCUGUCAAUGAUACCAUUAUGCGAUUUACUGGCAGGCAUUUUCCUGUACGGAUACCUGCAACUCCAGCAAAGGGGAAUAAAACUUCAAAACGAUGCGUUCUAUGCUUAAGUAAGUCAAUUCGACGGGAGACAGUCUUUAAAUGCCAUGUUUGUGAUAAAGCAUUAUGUAUUGACCACUUUAAAGAAUUUCACGAACGUUAAUUUAUUAAUAUGCUCAUUUAACUUAAAUAAAUUUAUUUUAUUAUAAAAAAUA